AUGGAAUCGGUGCAGAAAGCCAAACAGCGGUUCCGUCACUACCCCGUGAUCUUAGCAAAGUGUAGUAAAGAAGCCACAAACUACGCCGCUUGUGUCUUAAAAAAGGACAACGUGGGCUUAAACGACUGCAAGGAGGAGUUCGGGAGGUUCAAAACGUGUCUCCAGAAAACAGCGGCGAGUUUAAAAACUAGACUCUAG